AUGGAACCAUUUCAAUUUGCUACUGCUAGGAUCCUAGACCCUAGGCAUGAGAAUCCAGGGAAUAAUACACCCUUGGAGGACCCUGUUGCCAGGGAAGAGGAAACCCCUUUGGUAGAUGAGGCAACCAGGAAUAAGACAGUGAAGGAUUUUAUUGAAGACUUCUUUGCCAAAUUCCCUAAGGAGACUCAACCAGCAAAAACUGAGGCAAACAAGAAACAGAUUACUAAUGACCACCUUACAAGUACCCAAAAGGUCUAUGGAUUCUUAAUGGAACUAGUAAUGGGAGUCAAAAGGUUGGAGAAACAUAUUGACAACCAUCUGAAGAUGGAACAGGAAAUGCUAGAUCAAGGUAUUUCUCAGGAAGUAAUUGACUAA